AUAAAAUGCUACUUUCCUUAUUUCUUAACCAAAAAAUCUUAAUCAGUCGUAUGAUAUUGUUGUUAUCUAAUUUAAUCGUAGCUACAAAGAUUUUAAAGUGCCUCAUAAGAACCUAGCGAAUCAAACCUCAUGAGCUCACUAACGUAACAUUUACUCAUCUCAAGUCUCAGUAGUGAUGAUGAUGAUGGUCAGAUGGUUUUAAAUUUGACUUUCACUUUUACCGAAAGCACAUAAAACCGUCCCUUCUGGUUUACUUUAUCGCGUGAUCAAUUCCGGUUUACUAGAGAACCGGACUGAGACCAUUUUCAUUUGGUUCCAUCUAUGAUCAACAUGUACCCACCAAAAACCCUAAAAGCUCCCGGAGCCGCCAAGAUCAGUUUCCAUGGCGCUUCAUCUCGCCAGACCAAAACAAAGGUUACAUUCGAAUCCAUCUCUCAUUCACCUUUUCUCAACCUCCUCCUCCUCCUCCUCAUCAUCACCUCAAGACGGGAACGAAUCUAAUGAACAGCCCUCUCAAUCAUCGUCGGAUUAUAAAAUCUCUUCCUACUUCAGUGGUAUCAGAAGCAGUCUCAAACAGACUCAGUCUCAGGACGGGAAGAGACAGUUCGUCAGAUUCGAUGCCAAACCUCAGAAUUCGCUUUCCGGUAACCAGGAUAUCAGGAGGAAUCUGAACGAGUUCCGAAGUAGAGCAACAGCUCCGCCGCCGAGGGAUAUGCAGGAUCUUUUCAAGCAGAAUGUGUUAUCAAAAUCUGGAGGGACUCGUAGAAUCGAAGGUGUGCCAUUAACAAACAUAAAGGCGAACUUAAGGCAGAUGAGACCACAACAAGCAACCACUGAGAGCAAAUGGGCCAAUUUAUCUGGGAUUCAGAACAUUAUGAAGACGAACAUCAAUGAUAAUAUCCGUUCAAAUGUAAUCGGAGGAGCAGCAGAAGGAUUGCCACAUUCAGUGGUUGGGAAGGAGUUAGAAGAAGAAGAUGUGACAGAGGAGGAGAUGAAAUCAGAGUUUAUCAAGAGCUAUGAUCCAAUAGAACUGGGAGAGAAACUAAGAUUGUAUAGGCCUGAGGGAAAGAAAGAAGAAGGUUGGUUCUCAUUACAGGAGCUCAAUCAGAGGCUUGUUAAGCUCAGGGCCAUGGAAGAGGAACAAUUCCAGAAAACGAGUAUAGUGCAUCCCUCCUUCGUCAACAACUUGAGGUCUGAGUUUCAUAAGUUCACCAAGGCUCAGAAAUCAGAUCCCUUUCAGAAUACGAAUAUUUGGGGAGUUUUAAGUGGUACCCCAAAGUAUAUGCUCGAGCCUCCAAAAGAUCAACUAGUUGAAACUUAUUUCCAUCCGGAUAACAUGUCAUCUGCGGAGAAGAUGAAAAUCGAGCUUGCAAAGGUCAGAGAAGAGUUCAAGAUGUCAGAAUCGGAUUGUGGUUCUGCACGUGUUCAAGUGGCGCAACUGACCACUAAGAUCAAGCAUCUAUCCUCGGUUCUACAUAAAAAGGACAAGCAUUCGCGGAAAGGACUUAUAGCAAUGGUGCAGAGACGGAAGAAGCUGUUGAAGUAUAUGAGAAGAACGGACUGGGAUUCUUACUGCCUUUCACUGUCAAAACUCGGCCUUCGUGACAACCCGGAUUACAAGUUUUGAAAUUUUUGUGCAAGGGACAUCAUAGAAUUGUGAUCUCAGUACUCUCUUUUUGUUCUUUUUCAUUAUGGCAAAAGAGAUAAUGUGGGUCUCUCUUAUCAAUCAUCUUGGGGAGGAAAGUUGUUCUACUAGAGAUUAUGAUUGCAGGCUGUUUAGGCGAAAAGAGAAUAAAGCUGUGGGAUACUUUCGUUGACAUUGUCUUUAUUACUUUGAAUGUGAUAAUAAACUUACUUCUCCAACUUAUCUUUCUCAAUGCAUCUAUCUUUUACUGCCA